AGCAUCAGAGCAGAGCUAAGUCUAAUGCCUGGAGCUGCCGAGCACUAAAAAUGACGUGUGUUAGAGAGGUUGGAGAGGUUGCCGAGGUACACUCAUCGGUUCUUGGGUUCUAGGCAUUAAUCCAAACACACGAAAAGCCGCGUACUACCGCUGCGGGAUCAACUACAGGGCAUAGAUUCACUCACACGUGCACUCGAUUCAUCAGGAUCUGGUGUGAGUGAUGUGAGUGAACGUCACGGCCUGUGGGCAUAGAGAUAACUACAGUAGGAGCAUGCUCGAAAAAAGUUUUAUACAUCUUCUCUGAUGCCUUCAUGUCGUUAUCUUUGGUCAUCCCCUCCGGCCUGCUUUACGGAAGAGAACGUGCCCGGAAUUAUUCUGACGCGUGUGUGUGAGUGUGUGUGCAAAAGUGUCUUCUGAUGGUGGGGGAUAACACGAAGCAGCAUGUUUAGUCAACGACAGUUAUGAAUCGUUACGUGUACUUUAAUUGCGAACAGAAAUAUUAACAAGCGUUAGCUAUAAUAAAAUGCCUGAUACCAUAGAAGACAAGAUUAGGCUAGUGUUAAAUGGACAAAGUAUAAAUGACAACGAUGAUCUGUGCGACUUUACUCUUGCUGAACAAAAUGAGUCAAUAGAAGCCAAAGGAAUUCAACCCACUGCAAGCUCUGACUACGUUCCAAUUUGUCAAAAAACUGUGACAUACGUAGUCGCAGCAGUACUAAUUAACGAUAAUGAUGAGAUAUUGAUGAUGCAGGAGGCAAAGGCCUCCUGUGCAGGAAAAUGGUACCUACCAGCAGGAAGGGUUGAACCUGGCGAGGAAUUGACAGAGGCAUUCAGAAGAGAGGUUCUCGAAGAGACGGGAAUUAUCGUUGAACCAAAAUCAUUGGUAAUCGUUGAAUGCGCGACUGGAUCUUGGUUCAGAUUUGUUAUGACUGGAAAUGUGAUUGGUGGUGCUUUAAAGACUCCUGAACAAGCUGACGAAGAAUCACUACAGGCUUGUUGGAUUCAAAAUGUUGAGGAAUUGUCACUUAGAGCAUAUGAUAUCAUACCGUUGAUACAUAGAGUUAGAGAGUACAAACAAGGCCUUAACCCACCAUGGCAUUCUCCAUUACUUCCUAUAGCCAAUCCCCACAGUAGGCUUUAUUUGAAGUUAAUUGUUUGCAUAAAAAAGAAAGCAACUAACAGAAUGCAUGUUUUGCUGUCGGAACGCACUGAGUAUCAUUUACCUAUUUGUGAAAUAAACCCGAGAAGAAAUCUUCACUCUACGCUGCACAAAUUUAUGGUGGAAAUUUUUGGAGCUGAUGUACCGCAACAUAGACCACAUGGUUUACUGUCUGUAGAAUAUGCUGGUGGUCACGGAGAGGAUGGCCUGUCCCUGACCAUGCUAGUAGCUUUUCGGCCACCUUUAGAGGAGGUCCCAAUUAUUGGGAAGUUUGUUUGGCAUGAACUUUCCCAGUCUCUCGGUGACACAUUAGUAACGGUUAUGCCACGUAACAAAACCAUACCACUCAGUGUAGUACGCUAAAUCUUUAUGUUACAGACUGAAAUUUUUAUUUUUUUUUUUGAGAAAACUAAGUGACGAGCCUUGCGAGUAAUUCAGGCAGCUUAAAGUGACUAAGGUCACUGCACUUUUUGUUACUAAAUAGUUUCUUUUAGCAGUUGUUUCUAUCAAAUAAUUCAAUUUAGUAUGUGAGAGGAAGAGAUUCAAUUGAGAAAUCAGUUUUAUUUUUUGUAUAAAGAAAUAACAAGUUUUCUGAGGUAAGGUGGCGACAAAAAUCUGAGUAUAAAAUUCCUUGAAAUUUCCAAAGCCCGAUAUUUUGAAAUUUUGCAUCAGUUUUUCACCACUAUCAUGUACCAUGCUUCCAAAAUGGUCACAUAAAUGCUGUUGAAGCUCACUUGUCGAGAAUGAUGUAAUUGAAUAAAACAGUUACAUCACGUGCAUAGCGAAAAAUUAGUGACUCGAUUUUGAACAAAAUAAAUUAUUUAAAAGUUAUACAACUCUGCUGUAAAUAUUUUUAAAAUAUCUUAUUUCUCUUCAGCCCAUGUCUUUCUACCUAUGAUCACCAAGAUCAAUUCUGCUCAUGAUAUGUAUAAUAUGACUUUGACAUUAGAAAUCAUUACUUGCAAUGCACCUUUUUUUUCACUGUUCAGAAUAAUUUAUUAUUCGCAUUUUCAAUUCUAAUUCAAUUUUCGUGAAGUGCAAAUUCUAAUACGAGUAUUUCGUAAAAAUUAUGCCAGUGAUAAGUUAUACCAGGUGUUUUAAUUAAAUCCUGCUUUCAAGUUGUUAUUAUUUUCACUCUAUAAUAUUUUUAUGUAAUGUUUUUAUUGCCGUUUAUUAAUUUGGGGAACCAGAAAUAAUUAUCUCCCAAACGUAUUUAUAGAGAUAAAUAAUUACUGUUUCGUUGUAUUGUUGUCUGAAUUUCCAAUAAUUUAUUACAGUAUAUGAUAGUAUUAUAUUACAACAUCAUUCCAUAUCUAACAUUUACUAAAUAUUCUAACAAUCAUUUAUUAUUGAUAUUAUGAAUUCAGUUAUUAAUGCUAAUUUUAUAUUACCCUUUUUAAAUAAUUAAAAUUUUUAUUUUGUUACCGUUACUAUUUUUGAUGAUUAAAAUUUUAAUAAUAAAUUUAUUCCCAGUUGAAUAAGAUUACUCUUUUUCCCGCAUUUAGAAAGUUUGUAUGCAUACACAUCGAGAUAGGACAUGCAGGGAACAUACUGCUUUUUGAAUGUCAUUAAAUCCUGGAAUUAUCUUGAAAAAUAAACAUUGCUCCU